AUGUCAAAAGUGUCUCUUGAAGGUAUAAUCACUGAAGAUGACAAAAGACCCCGUUGGGAUAAUAAAAUCCAAUACCUUUUAAGCUGCAUUGGAUUUGCUGUAGGCUUUGGAAAUAUAUGGCGUUUUUCCUAUUUGUGCCAUAUUUAUGGUGGAGGUGCAUUCUUGAUUCCGUAUGUCAUUGCUCUGGUGCUUGAAGCAAUCCCAGUAUUUCAUCUUGAACUAGCUAUUGGACAGUUCUUGAGGAAAGGCAGCAUUGGAGUCUGGAGUCAUAUUUCACCCUAUCUAGUAGGAAUUGGCUAUGCUUGCAUGAUGGCAUCAUUCAUAAUCUGCACGUAUUAUAAUAAUAUUAUUGCCUGGGUGUUGUGGUACCUGGGAAACUCUUUCAAAGUGCCCUUGCCUUGGAGCAGCUGCCCGGAGGACCCCAGCACAAUGGAGCUCAUCAAAGAAUGUGAGCUUAGCUCUGAACCCAAUUACUUUUGGUACAGACACACACUGAACAUCAGCACGGACAUCACACAGACUGGCCCUUUUCUUUGGUGGUUGAUUGCAUCUUUAGCCAGUUCCUGGAUCAUUGUUUACCUCUGUACAGUUCAAGGAAUUAAAUCAACUGGAAAGGCAAUUUAUAUUAUAAUCUCUUUUCUAUAUAUAACUUUAACUAUAUUCCUUGUUUAUGGACUGACUCUUCCAGGAGCUACUCAAGGGAUAAUUCAUCUGUUCACUCCCAAUUUCUCAGUCCUAACAAAUCCACGUGCAUGGCUUGAUGCAGCCACCCAGUGUUUCUUCUCCCUUUCUUUAGCGCUUGGCGGACAUAUAGCAUUUUCAAGCUACAAUCCACAAAAAAAUGACUGUGAAAAAGAUUCUGUCAUAAUAGCCACAGCGAACAGUUUAACAUCUAUAUAUACCUCAAUUGCCAUCUUUUCAAUUCUUGGGUUUAAAGCAACAAUAAGCUACUGGGACUGUUUGGAUGAUAAUAUUGAAUUACUCACAACUGCAUUUCAUUUGAUGGAACAAAGCAUUUCAAGAGAGAACUAUACACUCUGGCUCGAGUCUUUGCUCCAAGUUGCCCCAUCAAGAGUUUCUGGUCUCAAGCUGAAAAAAUGUGAUCUUAAACAUUUUCUUGAGAAGACUGCUUCUGGGCCUGGCCUGGUCUUUAUUGUAUUCACUGAAGCUGUAACAAGGAUGCCUGGAAGCCAUAUAUGGUCAAUUCUGUUUUUCCUCAUGCUCUUCUGCCUGGGACUGUCUUCUAUGUUUGGACUCAUUCAGGGCAUCUUGACUCCUUUCACAGAAAUUCCUCUUGUGUCAAAAUACUUACGCAAAGAAGUUUCUUGUGGUAUAAUAUGCUUUACUUCCUUUUUGCUGGGUCUUGUUUUUACAACACGAUCAGGAAGUUACUGGAUUGAAGUGUUUGAUAACUAUGGAGGAAGCAUACCGUUGCUGAUCAUUUCUUUAUUUGAAGUGUACGGCGUUGUAUAUGUUUAUGGACUGAAAAGGUUCUGUGAUAAUGUGGAAUGGAUGACUGGAAGGCCAGUACAUUUCUACUGGAAAGCAACCUGGCAGUUUUUCAGCCCUGUGCUAAUGUUUUCAGUCCUUUUGAGCUAUCUAGUUCUUCAGCGGUCAUCAACUUACAAAGCAUGGAAUCCAAGCUACGAAGACUUUCCUUCAAAACAGUCCAAAUCUUAUCCACGCUGGGUUUUAUUCAUUGGUGCCUUCCUUGUGGCCCUACCGUGCAUAUUUAUUCCAUUUGGAGCCAUUUGCCAUUUUAAGGAAGUACUGCUGAAAAGGAAGGAGAAGCAAGUCCUUCAUCCAUGUGAAAGCACCGAAGGCAACUAAUGCUCUGGGAUUCUAUCAGCCG